AACUAUUGAAGAUCAGCAAGAAACAAUAAUAGACUCAGUUGCAAGAAAUUGGCAAAAAGAACAACAAUAUGAUCAAUUGGUAAUAGAGAGAAAUAGACUUCGAGCAAAAUUAGAAGAUGCAGAAGAGGAGCUUCAUCAAGAAAGAGAAAGAAAAGUUUAUAAUGAGAGUAGAAGAAGAGAAGGGUUGGAAGAGGUAGCUGAAGAUAUGUUUGUUAAUGUAGAGGAAG